GGUCGCACCGCGGCCUCCUCGCGUUACUCUUGUAUUUUACCCGUGCGCGUAUCGCGUGGUAUACCGAUUUUUUUUAUUUUCCCUCGUUUUUUUGUUUUGUUAUUAUUUGUUGCUCUGCUUUUCAUUACGGUGAAAGUAAAAGCAAACAAAAAAAAGUGAGGACUCUCGUUUGUUUGUACAUUCUUACUUAUCGUCAUGUCUGCUGAAAAUAGUGACGACGGCGAGUGCGGUGUGAUUUAGAUCGUAGAGAGAUCGGGAAUUUUCGCCCGUCACCAACACACGAACAAAACCUGGUGCGGUUUCGAGUUUGAGCCUGCACCUUCAGUACCGUCUCGGUUGACGUUAAAAACGAGCGAGACAGUAGCACCCUACGGUGGUAAGGAUCCACAGGGCGAUACUAGUCGGGGCCGCGAGAGGAGGAAAAUGAUCGCGCUGGCGUGGACCUUUUUCGUCGUGCUGUCGAUGGUCGUAGCGUCCAGUCAGGCCUUCCACACUCUGCCGCUGACCGAGGCCGAGCGAGGUCCGUUGUCGGCAGCAACGACGACGACAACCACCACUGCCGCGACAAACGCAACGAAUGCAACAGCAGCCGUGGCAGGACUGCGGAUGAACGUGACGACUCUGGUGCAGGAUUCCCUCGAACGGGACGACGACUCGGACGAGUACGACCUCGAGGACAGGAACGGCGGUUACGCCGUGUGGCGGGGGCCCGACGCUGACGGCCGAGACUUGCCGCACAAAACGAAAAUGAACGAGUUCGAGAUGAUGGAGGCCGAGAGGGGAGUCAAGGACGAGGGAUACAAGAACCGCGACAAGGGCCUAUCCGACGAUGGUCUCGAUAGCCAAAGUGCCCUGGAUCCCUGGUCGAUAGUGUGGUACAUCGGCUCGUUCGGCGGCCUCGUGGCCUUCUUCCUCAUAGUCAGCUGCUCGGAGUGGUGCUGCCGUCGCGGCGCCCGGCCGGUAUCGGCGCCCUACGCCGGCCGGCGCGACGAAGCCGGCAUCAACAGCACCGUCCGGCCGGUAAGCGAGUCCCCACCACCGCCUUACCACCUGUUCGCCCCACCGCCCUACGACUCGGUCAAUUACGCCGAGGUCGCCGACAAGAGCGCCAACGGCGAGAAGCUCGACAUCUACGUCAUCACCCUGCCGAUCCACCACCAGCCGGCCCAGCCAACCCACCAGCUACAAGUCCCGGGUACGCGAGCGCCCGCGUAGAAGCACGUCCUCGUGGUCGCGAGAUCGCGGCUGCUGGGCACCACGAGGCUACUGCUUUUGCAAUCCAUAGUCCUCUCCCCCUCUCGGCGGAGGGCCCGCAGUGGCGAGCGCGACCACGAGGCCAGAGGUGACGAUCGCAUCGAGCCCCGGGGAGGAUCGACAGCCACGAGGAUACCGAUCUUCGAGUUGGACAACGAGCCGGCCGGGGCCAACGGCGACCUGGUCGGGAGCGUGCUGUGACGACGAGCGGCCCCGACGGUUAACCACGCCGAGAACGGGAAGUGAAGUACGGGCCGUUUGGGAAAACCAAGGGCUUCGUCCGUGUCACCGAUCCCCGACCAUCUGAAUCGUGUGUCGUGCACUACCCGUAAGCGCGCGCGCGCGCGUGCUGUGUUUUAACAGCUAUAGUUGUAAGCACACAAACCUGUAUGAUUAUGCCACACAAGUAUGGUACAGCAAUAUAGCGAUCGUAUUUAGACGAGGUGCCUCUGCGUAUAAUAUAUGUAUGAAUGGUGUGCGAGAUCUUUCACGCGAGGAAAGUUGUAAAUUCGAGAGAAUGCAAUGUGUGUGUGUACGUAUAGCGAGCUCACGAGCUGGACCGAUUGUUUUCAAGGCGAAGAUUAACACGGAGCACAUUGUAGUUUGUUAGCGAUACUCUGUAGUAAGGCUUUUACGGGGAUAAAUCGGUAUCCAACGAUCGCUUGGUUUUCGCGUGUCGUUCGCGAUGGGCAUCAAUUAUAUGUAAUAUAUAUGGGUGUACGAGACGGGCACCGGACGAGUAAUGCCCAUGUAACGAUUUUGCGUGGGCAGCAGCAGAUCGAAAAAAUCCAAAGUCGGUGCUCCGUAGAGAGGGAGGGCCAUGAAAAUUCCUCGAUCGUUCAUCAAGCGAUUUAAAACAAUGCAGUGAAAAAAAAAAUGUUCGUUUAGUCGGAAGAGCCGAGGUAACCGGCGACUGUGCGACGACUUGGCAUUUGACCUCAAUCACUGCCGUGGAAACUCACUCGUCUGCGCUCAUCUCUCUGUCCACCGAGGAAGCCCGAUUAUUGUUGUUUUUCCUUGGAGAUCGGUAUGACAUUGACACCAGGGCGUGUGUCACUGUUUACAAAAGCGAGCCCAAAAGCACAGCGAGCAUUAUUUUUUUAAUACAAAAAUCGCAUCUCGCGUGCCGAUGUAUAUUCGUGGGUGUGGCUGAGAGUCGAUUUUUUUCUUUUUUCUGGCGGCAAGAGUCUCGAACGGAGCAACGAAAAUUCUUGCUCGUAAAACCAGCAAUAUUCGCGUAUGGUCUCCACUCCCACGCGAGGGCUGAACCUAAAUUUAAUCCAACACGUUUGCAGUGCCGAAAUUAUAAAUAAACGCACCGCGCCCCGAGCGCACGUUUUCGCUGCCGAUCUUUUUCUUUACCCAAACUCAGGCUCGACAACAUUUUCAUUUGAUGCAUACUCGUGUGUACCUACAAGUAAUAGCAAUUAAACAUAAACGCACGAUCGCAAUUUUGUUGCAUGGAAAAAAAAAAACCACGCGGUGUGUGUCUAGUUAUUGAUAAAGCUUGUGUAAAUAUACAUAGCACUUUUUACCGCCAUAAACGUAAAAAGUAAAGAGCCGAAAAGACACUUGCUGCCGUUAUCUUUUCAGCCACAUGUAUAUACACGCGCGCGCGCGCGAGCGACGCCGAGGACGCGGGAGCUCGUAAAAGCCACGUACUCCCGCGCGCGAUAUCACACGCGCGGAAGUGUUGGUGUCCGUGUGUAUAUAUAUACCAAGCGCGAAACUCAUCUUCUUUGCUGGCCGGCUGCCGAACUCGCUCUUCGAAAUCGAGCUUUUUGCCCUCCUCCCCGUCUCCUCGAGACCUCGCGUUCUAAAAAAAAAAAAAA